AUGGCUCUUCUUAGAAGUAUUAUUGUGCUAAUACUCCUUAAUUCGUCGUUGUUAGUUGUUAAGGUUAAGACCUUAAACAACGGUCCGAGUGACUUGAUGGUGCCCGAGCCACGUAAGUUCGGUCACCAUGGGGCUAAUAAGUCUCAACAUAGCAAUGCUCCUUCUGUUAGCCCUAGCCAAGCUCCAGAGAGUAGUCACAAUAGUGUGAAGAAUCAUCAUGAAAACGCGAGUUCUUCUAAUGAUGAGACGACGAAUGCUCAUGGAGAGGAGCUUAGUCCACAUCAAGAGGUCCAUUUGGAGAAUGUUCAUGCACACCAUCACACGGAUAAAUCUGUAGCUGGUGGUGGUGUCAUCAUUGGCUGCUUAGCUACUGCUUUCGUUUUGUCGAUUUUUUGCUACAUUAGAGCCACUAGAAGAACUCAACAACAGAUCAUGAGUAAAGAGCAGCUAAUCUAAUUUUGUAUCAUCAGUAAAUACGGUUUCAACAAUCUUGUAUACUAUGAGCUUAUUAUUAGUGUCUUAGUGACCCUAAAUUUCAUAAAUAUCACUCCAAAUCAAGAAACAAAAAAAGUCAACCCUUUACGAAGUUUAUACUAUUCUAGUACGUGAUAGCUUAUUAUGUGGUUUGGGGUGAUAUUUAAGAAACUUUGGAUUCUCGUUCUAUACAAAUUACACCUAUUGUAUACCCGUUUUUGUUAAUAAUAUAGUUAAUUAUAUGGCUAAUAUGAUACAUUUCCAAGUUCCCCCCUACAUUCUAAGUAUUAUUUUUUACAUUCACUUUCUUUUAUUAAUCGCGGUAUCAUACUACACAGGACAUCUUGGAUUGAAGGGAGUUUAAGCCUUUAAGGUAAUAAUCUCAUUACAAAUACAAGUUGUUUCUAUGUUUAAAAAAAACAAAAAAAAAAAUACAGUUUGUGUGCAGCUAUGAACUAUGUAAAAACAUUAAACUAUAUGCAAUGGCGUCGCCCAGACUUGAUCCGGAGACCUUCAGUGUGUUAGACUGACGUGAUAACCAACUACAC